UCGUCGCUUUGGGCGGCCCCUCUAAUGCAAAGCUUCGACCUUCGUCCCACUGCCAUCGAUACUUUCCUCGCACCCUGUUAAAUCCAUUCGUUUGUUACAAUUGAAUCCAUCAUCGCGACUCGAAUAUGCCUUCCGGACCGAAACAGCGCAAAGUCGCCGUCGUUGGCAGUAGAGCCGUCGGCAAGUCGUCACUCACGGUACGCUUUGUCGACGGCGUGUUUGUCGAUAGCUACUAUCCCACCAUUGAGAAUACCUUUUCCAAAUCAAUAAAGUACAAACAACAAGAGUAUAUGACCGAAAUCGUCGAUACCGCCGGGCAGGAUGAAUACUCCAUCCUCAAUUCGAAACACUUUAUCGGUAUACAUGGCUACAUGCUCGUCUACAGCGUGGCAUCUCUUGCGAGUUUCGAGAUGGUGCAGGUGAUCCGGGAUAAGAUCCUGAAUCACCUCGGGACGGAGAGCGUGCCAAUCGUCAUUGUGGGCAACAAGAGCGAUCUGCGUCCGGAGCAGCGCCAGGUCAGUGCCGAGGAAGGGAGGAAGCUGGGGGAGAAGCUGGGCUGUGGCUGGACGGAGGCGAGUGCGGCGUACGAUACCAAUGUGAGCAAGGCGUUUGAGUUGAUCAUCGCACAGAUCGAGGGUAGCCAGGCGCCAGGAGAGCAGCCGGCGAAGAGCAAUUGCAUACUGAUGUAAUAUGAGGUUGCACAAGGUGGACUAUGUAUGUAGGUUUACGCAGAAGAGAUGGCGCGAGAGGCAGGCCUCGGUAUAUACGAGUAGUCGCUUGUGGUCUUCAUGGUGGUUGCGAUUUGGAUAUAUCCCAAGGGACAAUUGGCUCAAAGUCUUUGGUCUUUCGGCAUCAGUCUACAGUGAAGGGACCAGGGCUCGUAAUGGCACGCUUUAUAGAAGAUAUGGAGGACGGUCGCCGUGCGUUGACAUGGCGCGCCAAUAUACGAAACCUGCAUGCGUUGGCAAUUCAAGCUUUAAGAUAAGGCGAUCAACAAGCGUCUAGUCCAAGGGUCGUUGUAGUUCAAUGCUAGAAGCCAUAAAUAAAGCAAUGUCAUAUCUUGGCGGGUCAUGAACCUGAUCAUUGCACAAGGAUUCGAGGACCCCGCGCUAAAAG